UUAUAUUAGAAUGCAACCAAGCGCUCUCGCUUAACAUGCGAGGGUGUCCGUGUGAGGGUGAGAGGAGGGCGGUUCUCCAACUUCCCUCACGCGUCGUGGCGCGGCGUUUCUGGUCUGCAUUGCGCAUUCACGAGACAGGCGUAUCGUGGCGGCCACCCCAUCGUCGCGCUUUCGUUGUCGCCGUCGUCGUCAUCGCCGUGGCCAUCCUCGCCGUCGCCGCCAUCAAAUCAGUUUCGGCAGUGAUCUUGAUAAAAGCCCAGCGGCAACAAAAGUGGAGGUCAAAAAAAUCGAGCGAGACACAACAAUCCAACCACACAUUACCAGACACACCGCGUAACAUCUUCACUAAAACGGACUUUCCGUGUGCGGUAUAUAUACGGGGUGGGCGACAGGCGCCGCGAUAUCGAUCCCACGCAAUAUCAGCGCGCCUUGGCUCAGUGUUCCGACGCCGGCGUCCCUCGUGUUCCACUUGCUCCGGUAGUAUACGACUGUCGAGAGACGCGAUUUAUCUUUGACUUUCAGUAGUAUAAGAGGAAUCUGACACUCUCGACCGAACGUCAUGUGGGGCAGAGCAAAUAUGGCUGCUGUGAUCUUUCUUCUAGGAUGGUUAUACGUUCUCACUAGUGCAGAAGCGAGCAAUGCUGAGGUAACGUCGGCCGACGCCGAAGCGGAAACCAUUCUUGAGCGAGCAGCCACGUGGCUAUGGAGUCAACGGGAUAAGGACGCCGGUUGGGGUAACGACACACAUCGAGUACUCCUGGUUCUUCGUCUGGCCAAUAUUUCCCGCGAUGAUAAUGUCGCACCGCCGGCGCCUCUUGAAUUGCAACUCAUUGCCAAGCAGAUGGAACUAGAAAUCGUGCUCUUGCUGUGGAGACAUCGAGAGGUCGGGUUUUCUCCGGUGCAACUGGCACGCUAUACAUUGGCUUUGAACGUGAUGUGUAUGGACCCAAGACAAUUUCACGGUCACGAUCUAAUCGGCACUUUGCAACACCAUGAGCCACCGACCGAUUACGAUUUCGCGCUGACCACACUCGCAGCAUGCAGUGCUCAAGCGCACGUACGCAAACGGCAGAUGCGCCGUCUUUUGGAUAUCGCAAACGCUGCGCAGGAUCAUAACGUCGAUACUAUAGCGAUGCUGAUCUUGGCACUGCGGUGUAUCGUUCAGGAUCACCGGCAUCGCAAUCUUCAUCAUAUCGUUCGUAAACCAUCAAUGGAGUUGGCACGACAGCAAAGGCACGACGGCAGUUUCGGUGAUCUGCGCAACACGGUAUUGGUGAUGCAAGCACUAGAGGAGGUCGAAAACGAACCGGCCGAUAAUUGGAACAGAUCUGCGGCCUUAACCUGGCUAAUCAAUCAGCAACGACCGGAUGGUUCGUUUCACGGCAAUGUCCAUGCUACUGCCGAAGCAAUGUUGGGUGUUGCGCCGCGUGGACUGGCCAGUAUCCGAGCUCUUGACUGCGGACAGGGUUUAUCGGACAAUUCACCAUCUCGUCUGACUACAAGCAACAUUGCAGAUAUUGGGACAUCUGACAAUCAUAGCGAAACUUCUGUGCUGUCAGAAACAACGGGAAAUAACACAAGCAAUGUGGAUACCACGCUCACCACGGCGCCGGUGCUUGUAAACGUGUCGUAUACUUUGUGGGUUGGCAGCAAUGUAAACGAAACAUACAAUUUGACAGUAACCGCCCCCAAGAACGAGACUUUCUACAGUGUGAUGUUGUUGGCAUCAAGCAUGUCUCCUCAUUUUCAAUUUACUGCUUCCGAAUGGCCUAACGGUCACUACGUUCACACACUGGCUGGCUACAAAGAGGAACCGAUGUCCUAUCACUACUGGUUACUUUACAGACUGCCCUCACCGCCGGAACCGUCCUCGCCGCCAGGGAACCAAUUGGUUGCGCCUGGAGGUGUUGACAACUUGCAGAUUAGCGAAGGAGAACAUUAUCUCUUCUGGUACAAGAAGCUAUGAAGUGUGCUGCAAGAGGAACAUAGAGAACAAAGUAAUAAAAAGUAAUUUAAAAAAUGUAACACAAGGGGAAGGAUAAAUAUUCCGAGAAAUAUUAAGAAGAAAGCAUGAUUAUAUAAUUAUAUGUAUUGAAUGAGAAAGAAAGAGAAAGAAUUAAGGGAAGAAUGAAUGAGUGAGUGAGCGAAUAAAUGAGGAAAAGUAUGAGUGAAGGAGCGAAAAAA